UAGGCCUUUUUUGGGUAUUCUGAGUUAAGCUUCAGUGAGGUCACGUCAGGGUUGUUUACCUUGUUUUCUUAAGUAGCAGCUAUGAUGGCUUUGAACGCACGCAGUAAUGUUAGCGCGAGCUCCUGCAUUGUUAGCAGCACCAAGUCGUGCCCGGUGGCGGUGAAGCGGAUGGAGGCACCUGCUGCCCGCAACGUUGUCGUUCAUGCUCGGCGAACGAAGACCGCGACUUCAACCCUAAACCCAUCUGAUAAGCUAAACCCAGACGUCAAGGCCAAGAUAAUCCACGAAACUGUGGAUCGCCUGGCACAAAAAUUUGGCGUGAAUACCCUCAUGAGGCUUUCGGAGAGCAACUUUGGGAGCACGGAGACCUUUCCCUCCGGCAGCCUCACUCUGGACGCGGCCCUAGGCGGCGGCUACCCCAAGGGCCGGAUCAUCGAGGUGUACGGCCCCGAAGCCAGCGGCAAGACCACUCUGGCCAUGCACGCCUGCGCCGAGAUCCAGAAGCAGAACGGCGUGGUGGCCUACAUUGAUGUGGAGCACGCCUUUGACCGCACCUACGCGCAGAAGCUGGGCAUUAACCUGGAGAACUUCUGGUACGCUCAGCCCAACACGGGCGAGGAGGCGCUGGAGGUGAUGGACGAGCUGUGCCGCUCCAACGCGUGCGACCUGGUGGUGAUCGACAGCGUGGCGGCGCUGGUGACGCGGGCGGAGCUGGAGGGGGAGAUCGGGAGCAUGAUGAUCGGCGCGCAAGCCCGGCUGCUGAGUCAGGCUCUGCGCAAGCUGGCCUCCAGCGCCUCCAAGAGUCGCACCACCCUCUUCUUCAUCAACCAGCUCAGGAACAAGGUGGGUGUGAUGUUCGGCAACCCGGAGACCACCUCGGGCGGCCAGGCGCUCAAGUACUACAGCUCCGUGCGCAUCGACAUCCGGCGCAAGGAGACGCUCACGUCGGGGGAGCUGGCGUACGGCAACAAAGUGCGAGCCAAGGUUGUGAAGAACAAGGUGGCGCCACCGCACAAGGAGGCUGUGUUUGAGAUCUACUUUGGCAGCGGCAUCGACUACCUGGGUGGGGUGCUAGACACGGCGGAGAAGCUGCGGGUGGUCAGCCGGCGGGGCGCGUUCUACUACUUGGGGGAGCUGCGGCUGGGGCAGGGUCGCGAGAAGACGCUGGCGGCGCUGCGGGAGGAGCCGGAGCGGUGCCGGGAGAUCGAGGCGGCGGUGCGGGAGAUGCUCAAGAGCAACCCGGACGCGCUGCUGGAGGAUGUGGAGAACGACGACGGGGCUGGGGGAGUGGGGGUGACGGUUGGCCUCGACCUGGAGGUAUAAGAGGAGGAGCAGGAGGGAAGGAGGAGGAGGAGGUCGAGGGCUGGGUUUGUCUUUAGAGGGUUAGGACGAAGGAGCGUUGUGUGUUGUAGACAGGAGAGGGCUAGUAGUAACACGAGGCUAUGCCGUAAGGGGACGGUAAAAGCAUGUGCUUGUGUGUUAGGAUUUGGCUGGCCGCGAGGCGGAACGUACUUGUGUGCUUGUGUGUACGCGUCGUGGUAGGUUACAUUUAGAGUGUAGUGUAGAGCUGUUUAGAGGUACUGGUAGUGGGAAAGUAGAUUGUGUUGCGAAAGGCCGUGAAAAAGGCUGUAAAGGAGGCAGUGGAAAGCUGUGAAAGGCUUACAUGUUGGCGGAACAGCUGAGUUGAUACCGCCGAGUCGACGUACGUCGGCAAAUGCGGAGGAGCAACGUUGUGCGUGGGCUUGGCUUGAAUGUCGUUUGGCGUUAUUGCAGACUUGUUUGUUUGCCGACGACUCACAACUACGAUGAAGGAACGAUGUUGACAAUGGAUGAGUGAUGAUGAGAGAUGCAGGCUCCCCAUGUGGCUGGACAAAGCACAUGCUUCCAACCCCCGCGGGACGUAAUGCGUAGUAGGCAGUAGG